CAUAGGUAUAGGAUUGUUCAAUCCGUGAAAGAUCAGUCUUUUUUCUUUUUUCAAGUUCGGCACAGUUCUGGGUGUUUUUAGGAUUCUUCUCCUAAUUCAGCUAAAGUAAAGAUAUAUGAGAACAAUUGUUCGAUUUGUUCGACCAUUAAGUGGGUUAUCAAGAAAACAAAAUUAUUUGGCUAGCACUUGCUCUGUCUACAGAUUCUCCUACAAUGCUGAAAUUUGUAGAUAUUCAUAUCCAUAUAUGAUAUCAAGAGCUCUGUUUGCUGAUGCUGCUAAAGUAGCUAAUGGAGAAGUAAGCAAAGUAGGACCUCUGGUUGAGUAUGAGCGGAGAAUUGAAGCGGGUGAUCUUGUGUAUGGGGAUAAUUGUCAGGUAGGCACCAUAAGAGAACUUCAGAGACUAUGAUGAACUUUCCAAGUCAGCUGAAGCAUAUGCCGGUUAGAUCGGUAUGCAGCUUCUGAGAAAGCUGGCAGGAGUAGUUGGUUGUGGUCCCGUUUCAUUCCUCAGUCUUCAUAUUCACCUGUGAAAGGACUCUUAUCUCUAUGGACCGUGCUGAUGGACUUGUUUUUUGAUCAAUUGCCUAGCAACUGGAGGAAAAAGAGGAUUCAUUUUCAUGAUUUCAUGUUGGAUAGCCACUUGCAAAAGCAUAAGGGUGUGCCGGAUCCCCUUGAAUUUGUAACAGGGGAGAUAUCUGAUGAAUCAAUUUUGUUAUGCCUCAACGAAUUUAUGGUGGCUGAUGUGGCUGAUGCAUUGAUAUUAAACCGUUUAUUUGGACAUUUAUUCAGCAUUGACGUUAUUCUUGUUGCUACUUCAAAUCGUGCUCCAGACAACCUUUAUAAAGGUGGAUUGCAGAGAGAUCUUUUUCUACCAUUCAUUUCCACGUUGAAGGAAAGAUGUGUAGUUCUUGAGAUUGGAUCAUCAACAGAUUACCGGAAAAUGACUUCGGUUCCAUUGGGUGCUAACAGAUGCGCAUAUUUUCCUUUUGAAGAACUGUGUGACAAACCACUUGGUGCUGCGGACUAUUUUGGAUUGUUCAGCAAAUGGAUCCCAGCAUAAAGAUGUCAGGCAAACGAACUGAGAACUUCUUUAGCAAAGUUCAUGCAUUGAUGUGCAGUUGAUCACGGUUCUCUCCGUCAACUUUCUCUUCAACAACAUUAUGAGUUCGAUUGCCAUGGGAAAAAUGGGCUUCAAUGGUGUCGGUGUGAUGAAGAAUAAACCUUGAAACCAUAACGAUGAGUGCAAAUACUAUGGGAAGGAAUGAAAAUUUGAUGGGGUCAUUUUUUGCAUAAAACUGUAGAAAAAUAAAAUGGACUAAAGAGGUUAUUGUUUGAACUAGGGCAAAAGCAACAUUAACCCACAGAAAUCUACAAUUCAUCCAUCUUCUGGAAAUUAGUGCUUUUUGUAUCAUCUCAAGUAGUGCCAGGAUUAGUCCUACGAGUGAAAAUACUGUGGCAAGAAGAGCCAUGACAUAUAGUCUUCGAUCAUUUGUCGCCUUUGGAUGUUAUUCUUUUGCUUUUGUCCUCGUUCAGACAAUAACCUCUUUAGUCCAUUUUAUUUUUCUACAAUUUUAUGCAAAAAAUGACCCCAUCAAAUUUUCAUUCCUUCCCAUAGUAUUUGCACUCAUCGUUGUGGUUUCAAGGUUUAUUCCUCAUCAACCUGCAGACUUAAAUGGUACUGUAAAUGUAAGAUUUAAAGUGAAGGCAACCUGCAGACAGCUAUCAUUUAAAAUUUAAAUAUUGAUAAUAGUGCACAAGUAUUGAAUUUAAAUUUACCAGCAAUAGCCUCUUCAAAGUGUUCAAGUUUUUCAGGAGCCUCUCCUCUUCUACGUAGAGCUUUCACAUAAUUGGAAUUCAGUUCUAAUGCUUUUGAGCAUUCCUUUA